CGGGGUCCGGGGCGAGGUCCCGCGGGCCGCUGGGAGUGGCGGCUUCGGUGCUCCUCGAGCGCCGGCGGAUCGCGGUUGGAGGGCUGGGGCCGGACGGGCGGAGUGUGAGCUGCGGCGCAGAUUGUUUCAGAGACCCAACUGUUGCAUAAAGCAAGGUGCCCUCUUGCAUUGCUCUGCAUGGGGUGGAUGCUCAGUAAAUUGUGCCAGGCUGCCUGAUGUCAUGUGGCCUGUGCUUUGGACCGUGGUGCGUACCUAUGCUCCCUAUGUCACCUUUCCCGUGGCCUUCGUGGUUGGGGCUGUGGGCUACCACCUGGAAUGGUUCAUCCGGGGGAAGGAUCCCCAGCCUGCGGAGGAGGAGAAGAGCAUCUCGGAGCGCCGGGAGGACCGCAAGCUGGAUGAGCUGCUAGGCAAGGACCACACCCAGGUCGUGAGCCUUAAGGACAAGCUGGAAUUUGCCCCUAAAGCUGUCCUGAACAGAAACCGCCCAGAGAAGAAUUAAUGGAGGACACAGGGCCCUAUGGGUCCUUCUGGGGGCCAGGACUGGUCCCGCCACCAUGUCGACCCAGCAACCAGAACCCACAUCUGAUUUGCUUUAUUGCUUCUUCUGGCCCCUCCCACCCCACACAGCCACACACAUACUGGCUGCUCUGCUAUGGGCAGGCAGACACACUAGUAGCUGAGGGCCCAGUGAAGAGGAAGGCCCGUGAGGGUUCUGGCCUGAAGGCUGCCUCUGCUGGAUGGUGGCCACAGCUGCUCAGGCUUCUGCGCUGCUAGGUGCACCCCUGGGAGGAGAGUGAUGAAAUGAACAUUGGCUGUCAGUCCCUGUGGGGAGGCAGUUUGGCCUCAGGUGGGAGUGGCUGGGAUUGGGGUGAUGCCUUUAGGAGGGAUACCUACAUGCCUAGUUCUAGUUUGCACUGGGAAGAGUUCAGAAAUCUCCCUGGCUCCCUUCACUAGCUUGCGCUGUCCUUUGUGCUCAUUCUCCCUGAAAUCCUGUCCGCUCAGGAAGGGGAUUCCCCUGGGAAGGAAAGCAGUUUUCUGUUCUUGGGAGCCCCGGCUGUUCACCUUGGGGCAGGUGAAUUUGCUUGAAAACAGUCACCGUCUUUCACCCCCCACCCCGUCACUGUGUAGUGCAAAACUUGAUUAAAGUGGCGUCUGAGAACCA